UGGAACAUAAUUAUACUGCCCUGCCCUGCCCCCAAUUCCACAACCGCUGCAAUGGAACCAAUUGGCGGCGCCACACCCUUCCGCCGCCACCACAAGGCGGCCGAGAGAUUCCUCGGGGUGCUUCAACCCCAAUCCCCCUCCUCCGCGCCGCCUAUUGAGCUCUCCGAGCACGAUAUCUUUAGCACUCCGUCGGGCUAUUCUUCGCCUCCUCCGCCAACUCAUCGGAACCACUACGGCAUCCUGUCGGCUCUCAACGGCACCAUCAAGAUCCGAUCCAGAUCCGAACACGACGUCCACCCCGUCUUCAACCACAAGGCCUCGAUUGCGCCCUCGUCUCGGAUGAUGAUUCCACGGCCGCCGCCGCCGCAAGUGGAUAGGGUGAGGGUUUACCAUCAAUCGGCGCCGGUGAACAUUCCGGUGAUGCCGGAGGCGUUGCGGAGGAGGGCGGAUGAGCUGGACGACGCCGUUUCUGAUGGAGAGGAGGAAGACGAUGGCAGAGUUAGAUUACCGCCGCACGAAGUGGUGAAUUCUAGGGAUUCGCCGAUGCUUGCGUGCUCAGUGCUGGAGGGGACUGGACGGACUUUGAAAGGGAGGGAUCUCCGGCAGGAGAGGAGCCCAAUUAGUUUUCGCUGCUCAAUUAGAGAAUCACACCUUGUUUCAUGAUGAGCAGAGUAGUGGUGGUGUGGUUGCAACAGAGCCCAGUGUUUGAACUUUCACUAUUUCAGAAGUUUCAGCUAGAAAAACUGCCACUUCAAUUUAGUUUCCAAGGAUGAAGGCAACAUAUAUCUAAGAUGGUUGGCAUUUCCCAGCUGGAACUAGACAUCCUUUCUGGACCGACGUGGCAAUGAAAAUAUUUAAUUUACAAAAUCGAAUUUUGGUGUCGUGUUACUUGGCCUUCUCUUAUCUUUGAAGAAGACAAGAAGAUGAAAUGAAUGGUGUCCUGGAAGAUAAAAUAGGUGGCCAACUACCAAAGAAUUUAAUGCAAUGCUGGAUUUGAAGGAUCUCUGAUGAAAAAUUACACUGAUAAAUCUAGGUUGUUGGAACUUGGAAAUCCCAUGGUCCAUCUUCUUACACAUUAUUUGUUUUACCAGAUAGUCACUUUAAUGCCAUUAGGUGGAUCUUCUGCAACCUAGUUUUGUUAACAAAUUUAAUCGAAUCGAAUCUGAGUGUCACAAGUUUGAUAGUGAGAAUUGUUAGUGAGCAUAAUUGUGAGCUCUUAUCUACAUUUUUGUUUUAAUUCCAGACUGAAUAAAAAACACUGGAAUUGUU